AUGAGGUUAGAAGAGAUGCCACUGAGAAUGACAACAGAGGACCGGGAGCGGGAUUUCGAGAUGGAUGACGAGACCGACUAUCUCAUCCAGCCGGACGAUAAUUUUCGCCCGAUUAUUAAACGGAACCGCCGGUUGAACGCCUGUGGACAUUUUAUCAAGUGUCUUUUUUGUGGUAACGUUAUCAGAACGUCCAAGGAAGACAUUCCUUUGAUAACAAAACCACGAAAUGCCGGAUCGUGGGCAAGAUGCUGUACAUGGAUGUGGAGAAGAUGUCGGCGGGAACGAGAGUACAAGUCAAGGACAAUCCACCUCGGAAUGCCUAUGACGGAGAAAUUUCCUACAAAUGUAUUAUUCCAACAAUUCAAAUUCUUCUUAAACCUGUACUUUCUAAUAAUGGCAAGCUCGCAGUUCAUCCCAGAAAUAAGAAUCGGUUAUCUGUACACCUACUGGGGGCCACUGUGCUUUGUCUUAUCAGUAACAAUCUGCCGAGAGGCAGUGGACGACUACCGUCGCUACAAAAGAGACAAAGAGAUAAACAACCAGAAGUACCAGCGCCUGCUCCGAGGCACAGACCAGCCGGAACUGGUGCCGAGCUCCAAGCUGAAGGUCGGGGACAUGAUAGUAGUUGAGAAAGGCCAGAGAGUACCAGCAGACUUGGUGCUGCUUCGAACCACGGAGAAGUCCGGAGCUUGUUUCGUGAGAACAGACCAACUGGACGGAGAGACCGACUGGAAGUUGCGGCUGGCGGUGCCUCAGACCCAGAAGCUGGACCAUGACGGCCAAUUGUUCGACAUCAAAGCCAGCCUUUAUGUGGAGAAACCUCAGAAGGACAUCCACGGGUUCAUCGGGACGUUCACCCGCGAGGACGAAGGCACUAAUGAAGAGAGUCUCGGGGUGGACAACACCCUCUGGGCCAACACAGCUGUAGCUUCCGGCUCAGCUCUAGGAAUUGUUGUCUACACUGGACAGGAGACCCGGUCGCUGAUGAAUCAUUCGGCGCCCAGGUCCAAGAUCGGGCUGCUGGACAGAGAAAUCAACCAGCUGACCAAGGUCCUCUUUUGCGCGGUGAUUGGUCUUGCUUUGGUGAUGAUGUGCCUCAAGGGAUUCGGUGGGCCUUGGUACUGCUACAUGUUCCGGUUUGUCCUGCUCUUCUCUUAUAUUAUCCCCAUCAGCUUGCGCAUCAACCUAGACAUGGGGAAGACUUUCUAUGCCUGGACUAUCCAGCGGGAUAAAGAGAUUGCCGGGACUGUGGUGAGGACCACGACUAUUCCUGAAGAACUAGGAAGGAUUUCUUAUUUGCUGAGUGACAAGACUGGAACUUUGACGCAGAACAAAAUGGUUUUUAAGAAACUACACCUGGGAACUGCUUCCUAUGGUCAGGAGACUUUUGAUGAGAUCACUAGUGUGCUAAAGAAUUAUUAUCCGGUGGGUGGAGAAAAUUCACCCUCCAAGACGACCUUGAAUCGCGGGAAGGUUAGGAGGAGUGAGAGCACUAGGAUUUAUGAAGCUGUUCAUGCGCUAGCGCUUUGUCAUAAUGUUACGCCGGUUUAUGAUGAUGUUAAUAAACAGCUGGACACCGUGAGCGUAGAAACAACAGAAACAGAAACCGGUUCAAUCCAAAGCCAAACCGAGUCCGACCGUCAUUACUACCCUGAACAGCAGCGUAACUACCAAGCCUCAAGCCCGGACGAAGUAGCCCUAGUCCGCUGGACGGAAGACAUCGGCCUGACCCUAUUCAGCCGCGACCGGACCUCAAUGCAGUUAAAAGCGAUCAACGGCCAAAUCCUCUCCUUCACAAUCCUGCAAGUUUUUCCCUUCACCUCCGAAACAAAGCGCAUGGGAAUAAUCGUAAAAGACCUAUCAACCUCCGAAAUAAUGUUCUACCUAAAAGGCGCAGACGUAGUGAUGUCCGGAAUAGUCCAGUACAACGACUGGAUGGACGAAGAGUGCGGAAACAUGGCUCGAGAGGGACUCAGAACUCUAGUCUUCGCCAAGAAGCACCUGACCGAGGACCAGUACCUAGAUUUCGAAACUCGCUAUAACGCAGCUAGAUGCGCCAUGAAUGACAGACCAACCCGGGUGGCAGCAGUGAUAGAGUCUCUAGAGCGUGAGAUGGAGCUGAUAUGUGUUACUGGAGUGGAAGACCGGCUCCAGGAGCGAGUCCGCCCGACUCUGGAACUCCUCCGCAAUGCUGGGAUCAAAAUCUGGAUGCUUACUGGAGAUAAACUUGAAACCGCGACUUGCAUCGCUAAAUCUUCCAGGCUGGUGUCCAGAAAUCAAAGCUUGCACGUGUUUAAGUCUGUGGUUUCAAGGACUGAUGCUCAUCUUGAGCUGAACACCUUCCGCAAGAAGCAGGACUGCGCUCUAGUGAUUGGUGGAGAUUCCCUUGAAGUCUGUCUCCAAUAUUACCAGCAAGAAUUCAUGGAACUGGCUUGUGGGUCUCCAGCUGUCGUCUGCUGUCGCUGUUCUCCAACCCAAAAAGCAGAUGUGGUGAAACUAAUCCAGAGCCACACUCAGAAAAGAACUGCCGCGGUUGGAGACGGAGGGAAUGAUGUGUCAAUGAUCCAGGCUGCUGAUGCAGGAAUUGGGAUUGAAGGUUUAGAAGGAAGGCAAGCUUCUCUAGCAGCGGAUUUUUCUAUUUCACAAUUCAGCCACUUGUCGAAUCUUCUAAUAGUCCAUGGAAGAAGAAGCUACAAGCGCUCUGCAGCGCUGAGCCAGUUUGUAAUCCACCGGGGGUUAAUUAUUUCCACAAUGCAAGCUGUUUUUUCGGCUGUGUUCUACCUCUCCAGUGUCGCCCUCUAUCAGGGGUUCCUGAUAGUAGGCUACGCAACGCUCUUCACCAUGUUCCCUGUGUUCUCAUUGGUGCUUGAUAAAGACGUGAGUAGAGAGGUCGCUAUUAGGUUCCCGGAACUGUACAAGGAACUGAGCAAAGGACGAAGUUUGUCCUACAAGACUUUCUUUAUGUGGGUCUUGAUUAGUAUUUAUCAGGGAGGUGUUAUUAUGUAUGGAGCUUUGGUUAUGUUUGAGGACGAGUUCAUUCAUAUUGUCGCGAUUAGUUUUUCUGCGUUAGUGCUAACGGAACUUAUUAUGGUGGCGCUGACCAUCAGAACUUGGCAUCAUAUUAUGGUUCUAGCGGAGUUUUUGUCACUGGCGCUUUAUUUAUUGAGCUUGUUUGUUCUCAAGGACUUUGAUAGUGAUUUUAUUACUACUACGGAUUUUUUGUGGAAGGUUUUGGUUAUCACCCUGGUUUCUUGCUUGCCGCUUUAUAUUUUGAAGUUCUUGAGGAAGAAAUUCUCGCCGCCUAGUUAUUCUAAGUUGUCGUGA